AUGACUCGCCAGUCUCGUACAGUUUUUACCCCUGAUCAACUUGCCAUCCUCCACCGAAAAUUUGCGGGGGGAAUGAUAAACCACCGUAAAACCCAGUUGAUUGAAGAAGCAGCCACCGAGGCUGGAUUAUCAAUUGAAAAAGUCAAAAAUUGGAUAACUAAUCAGAAUGCGAAAUGCAAGGCUGCCUUCGUACAGAAAAAAUCACGUGCUACCAUCAAAAAGAGAUCUCUCUCGGGAUUCAAUAUAUUCUUUAGGAACUUCUCUAACAAAGGAACUAUUGAGGAGUAUCUGAGAAAUCACCCUGAACUCGCAAUUGACGAACAGUUGAGUAGUGCGAAUAAGAUGAAUAUGGUGAUCAGUCACGCGUGGGGUUGCCUUUCCGAUAAGGAACGAAUGGCAUACGAGGAAGAGGCGAAAGCAGUGACAAAAAGAGUGAAAGCUGCGAGAAUCAGACAGCAGAUGAUAGAUCAUUCGUUCAAGACGAUACAGGAGCAUGGGUGUCAUGCAGUCUUUGCUAUAUUUGACGGUCACCAUACACCGGUCACAUUAUAUUCUGGUGCAGGAAAGAAAGCGGUCGAGUUGUGGGAACAAGUUCACAUGGGGCCGGACACCCUCAUAACUUCGGAAGCUUUAGUGGCUUUGACAUCUGGACCAGAAGAAAGUAUUACAAACUACUCGUCUUAUAAAGAAUGGAAUGAAGGCGAAAGAGGGAGAACAAAACUAGCGUUCGAAGAAGUUGAAAAUAAAGAACAGUUGGAGAAUACUGAGAUGGACUCGGAUGAUGAUGCGGAAUCGGUAUCGACGGUCAGAAGUAGUUCCACAACUACUGUUAGGCGUUCUAUAAGAUUGGCGGAGAAAAGAGAAUGGAAUAAUUUCGUUUCCAAGCGUUAA